CCACACCAACACCCAUGGGGCGGAGCGCAUGGUACGAGGGAUCCAUAAGACGGGUGAGCUCCUGCAGGGAAGCCAUCAUUAGCCACCCCGAUGCAGAAUGAACACUGCUGUUAGCAGCGGCCGCAGGUCAAGAGAGAGGAGAAGGGUAGCAUCAUUGUCGUAUCAUUAGGUUUGGUUGGUUGAUCCGGUGGCGGCCAUGUCGUACGAUCAGGUGCUCUCUGUUCUUGGCGGUGGCGGGAAGGCGGCGGCGGCGAGCGCGUGGAGCGGCCAUGGAAGCAACAUCACGAGGCAGAUCGUCAAGUGCACCAGGUGGCAGCUGGAGGAGACCACCGACCUCAUCACCUGCCCUUACCACUACUACUGCGACAGCUCCUACCCGGGCGACUACUCGGCUGCCGUCGGCGUCCUCGUCGCCGUUUUGGCCCUUUACUGCCUCCUGUCCGCGGCGGCCUUCACCGUGGUAGAGAUCGUCAGGGCUGGCGGCGGCGGUGGCUCGGCGACGGCGGCCGGUGGCGUCGGGCGGAUCAAGCGGAAGUACCUGGUGCCGUCGGGGCCCUUCAUGAUGCCGCUGGUGCUGCUGGUGCUCGCCAAGGGGCAGCGGAUCAACGCCGUCUUCCCGCUUUCGCGGCUCGGCCCGGCAUUGCUGCUCACGCUGCAGGCGUCGGCGCUGGCGUUCCGGAACGAGGCCGACGGGGACGUGCGCUACGCCGUGCUCGAGGCGUCCACCGUGUCCGGGAUCCUGCACGCGAGCCUCUACCUGGACGCCGUCGUGCUGCCCUACUACACGGGCACGGACGCGCUCCGGUGGUCGCGGUUCUCCGGCAAGUGCGCCACCUGCCUCUGCCGGAUGGAGCCGCUGCUCGUGGGCGGCCGGACGGUGCUCUACCGGGGCUUGUCCAAGACAGCGCUGGCCGUCAUUUUCGCGCUCUGCUCCAGGAUGGUGUGCCGGAUCUACGGCGAGGAGCGGCUGAGCGCGUGGACGCGGUCGGCGCUGGAGGCCGCGGGCUGGCUUUUCGUGUCUUGCGACGCCGUGUACCUCGCCGGCUGGGUGAUUGCCGAGGGCGCCAUGGCGAGCGCGGUCGUGUACGGGCUCGUCGCCGGGCUGGUGUUCUUGUGUGUAUUUGGGAAGGUUUACAGAUUCUUGGCGUGGGUGGAGAACAGGCAGGUCCAAUGGAAACCAAGCCUUACCUGCCACAAUGUGGUUUGAUCAUUUCUUUCUUUCUUUCUUUUUUCCUUUUGGUUCUGGAGGAAACUGUAAAGAAUAAUAACCAAUUAAGUCAGCUUUUGUGUAUAUAUAUA